GUAGUGUGCAAUUAAUAAAAAGAAAAAAAAAAAAAAAAGCACAAACCUCGUUUUCUGUUUUGAGAAUUUUUCUCCAAAAACCUUAAAGACCAAAUUUCUUAUCGAAAGGAUUCUCUCUCGACGUCUCCCUCGCCCUCAGCUGCAGCCCCAGCCGCCGACGGCUUCCACCCAAACCCAGCGUCGACCACGACACCAACUUCGCCAACAACUGAACAAACCUUAGGAAUCUCUCAGUGACGGCUCCAACCUCCAACGCUCAGUGCGUGCUGGCAACGUGUCACAGUCCACAAAAUAGACCUAAAACACAAAACUGAGCAACCAGUCUGUGGCUUCUAUAGCUCACAUACACCCAAUAUUUGAACUGCUGAAUCGAGAAUAGUAGUCCCUGCAUUUUGGGUUAUGGAGUUCUUGGAUGAGAGAUUCGAGCUGAGGGAGAUUCAGAAGCUUGAGGGUCACAGCGAUAGGGUGUGGAGCUUGGCUUGGAACCCAGCCACUGGUGUAGCUGGGGUUCCCUAUUUAUUUGCUUCUUGUAGCGGUGAUAAAACCGUACGGAUAUGGGAGGAGAGUCUUACCACUGGUUCAUGGAACUGCAAGGCAGUUCUGGACGAAACACAUACUAGAACUGUUCGAUCUUGUGCUUGGUCACCUUCGGGAAAUUUAUUGGCUACUGUGAGCUUUGAUGCUACCACUGCUAUCUGGGAAAACGUUGGGGGUGAUUAUGAAUGUGUUUCUACUUUGGAGGGUCACGAAAAUGAAGUCAAAAGUAUUUCAUGGAAUGCAUCUGGGUCACUGAUUGCUACAUGUGGUCGAGAUAAAACUGUUUGGAUUUGGGAAGUACAGCCAGGACAUGAGUAUGAGUGUGUUGCUGUGUUGCAAGGUCAUACACAGGAUGUAAAAAUGGUUCAGUGGCAUCCGACCAUGGAUGUUUUAUUCUCUUGUAGCUAUGAUAAUAGUAUUAAGAUUUGGGCAGAUGAUGGCGAUAAUGAUAAUUGGACUUGUGUACAAACUGUAGAUGAGCCGAACAAUGGUCACUCUUCCACUGUUUGGGCUCUUUCAUUUAAUUCCAGUGGAGAUAAAAUGGUCAGCAGCAGCGAUGACCUUACUCUGAAGAUAUGGGGAACAGACUUGGCAAGGAUGCAGUCUAGUGAAGGUUACACACCUUGGAGACAUCUUUGCACAAUUUCAGGUUAUCAUGAUCGGACAAUCUUUUCAGUGCAUUGGUCCAGGGAAGGUAUCAUCGCCAGUGGCGCAGCUGAUGAUGCCAUAAGAUUUUUUGUGGAAAACUCAGACAAAGAUGGUUUGGUUGAUGGACCUAUGUAUAAACUGCUAUUGAAAGAGGAAAAGGCCCAUGAGAUGGAUGUAAAUUCAGUGCAAUGGAGUCCUGGGGAGAAACGGCUACUUGCUUCUGCUAGUGAUGAUGGAACCAUUAAAGUAUGGGAGCUUGCACCUGUAGCACCCAGCUGAAGAAAUUUACAGAAUCUCCUCACUUAAUUUCCUGAUGAAUUAUGUGUAAUGCAAAAAUUUACUUUUAUUGGUCCAAUUUUGUCAGUCAACAGAUUAAUUAUAGUUUAGCGGAGAAACAUGGCUGUUGUAAUUUUUAACAAUAAAUUGUUGACCAUUUAUUUAAACAAUGAUAAGGUUUUGAGUGAGCUUAUUUUUAA